AUGGAGUCUUUACAGACAGGAUCAUUAUCUAAUAUUGAUAAAGAUGAACUUAUGCAACAGGUUAAACAAGAAAUAGCUGUUGCAAAUGCUCAAGAAUUACUCACGAAAAUAACAGAAAAAUGUUUCAAGAAAUGUAUCAUUAAGCCGGGAAGUUCCUUGGAUAGUUCAGAGCAGAAAUGUGUUGCAAUGUGCAUGGAUCGUUACAUGGAUGCAUUCAAUGUCGUAUCUAAAGCCUACAGUAAUCGAUUGCAGAGAGAGCGCAAUAGAUUGAACAACAUUAUUUUAAGUCUAUUUCACACGAAUUUUCAAUCUAGUGUGGAGCAGAUUUAUCAUUCGAGAGUUUUCAUUUCAACUUGGGCGGCCACAAAAAUCGUUAUAAAAUUAAAAUAA